AUGGUCCCGUCUCUUCUUCUUCAUGCCUUCCUGGCAGUCUUGGCUAAUGCUGGCGUUAUGAAGCGGUGGUCGAACAGCAGCUUUGCCACUGGAAACACUGAUCCUAAUGUUACCACUGCAUGCACGUACUGGGCCAACAGCAUUGCGUCGGAGGACACCUGUGCCUCUCUCUCGAGCUACUUUGGGAUCACACAGGGCCAGCUUAUCUCCUGGAACCCAUCACUUUCCAGCACGGCCUGCUCUCUCAUCGUCGGGAAUUCCUACUGUGUUGAGGCACCAGCUGUGAAAACCACGACGACCAAAUCAACGACCACUACGACAUCAUCCUCGACGACGACUACGGCUCAGACCACAACAUCUACGACUGGCGGUGCUCCCGGCCCCACGCAGAUUGGACUGGUCGCCAACUGCAAUGCGUUCUACCUUGUAGAGUCCGGCGACACCUGCUAUGAUAUUAUGACUAGCUAUGGCAACUUCACCCUGAGCCAGUUCUACUCAUGGAAUCCGGCCGUGGAAACUUCCUGCUCCGGCCUCCAGCCCGGUUACUAUGUGUGCGUGGGCGUCGUGGGUUUAUCCGGCACCACCACCACCCCUACCACAAUGACCACGACAACCACCGCUAGUGUUAACGGGCCUACGCCGCAGCAAACUGGCAUUGUUCCCAACUGUAGUCGAGAACGACAGGUGCCAAUAAAAAUCGCCAGUGGAAACGGUAUCACCCUAGCCAACUUCUACAGCUGGAACCCAGCCGUGGGCUCCUCCUGCUCUUCCCUGUGGCUAGGCUACUACGUCUGCGUUGGCGUGUCAGGAUCUGCAACCACCACCACCACGGCCAAAACAACCACAACAUCGAAUCCCACGACAACAACCGCCGGUGGCCCUAGUCCCACCCAGUCCGGUAUGGUCUCCGGAUGUACAAGCUACUACCAGGCUAAGCUACUAUUCGUACCUGACGCUGGCCAGUUCAAGACCUGGAAUCCGGCUGUCGGCACCGGUUGCACGAACAUGCAGGCGGGCUACUACUACUGCAUGGCCACGGCUGAUCUCGGCCCCCAGCCCGGUACCAUCAGCACCUGCAAGAAGUACCAUCUCGUCGCGAACGGAGACUCAUGCUGGUCAAUUGAGCAGAGUGCCGGCAUCACCGCUGCCAACUUCAACACGUGGAACCCGGAUGUUGGGUUGAGCUGUGCGUCGCUUUGGGUGGGCUAUUAUGUCUGUAUUGGCGUCUAA